GCGCAGGCUCGCACUUCGGCAGUGGUGCUGGGAGCCUCGCGGACGCGGAGCCGUUACUCACAUUUGGGCGGCGGUGGCGGCAUAGCGCUCAGCGCUCACAGCGCCUUAGCAGCAGCAGCAGCAGCAGCAGUAGCAGAGGCACCCCUGCGGUCACAGCCCCGGCGCAGGUGCAGCCACCCUUGUUCUCUCUGCUCUUCCUCCCUUCGCUCGCACCAUGGCUGAUCAGCUGACCGAAGAACAGAUUGCUGAAUUCAAGGAAGCUUUCUCCCUAUUUGACAAAGAUGGCGACGGCACCAUCACAACAAAGGAGCUUGGAACCGUCAUGAGGUCACUGGGUCAGAACCCAACAGAAGCCGAAUUGCAGGAUAUGAUCAACGAAGUGGACGCUGAUGGUAAUGGCACCAUUGAUUUCCCAGAAUUUUUGACUAUGAUGGCUAGAAAAAUGAAAGAUACAGACAGUGAAGAAGAAAUCCGCGAGGCAUUCCGAGUCUUUGACAAGGAUGGCAAUGGUUACAUCAGUGCUGCAGAACUACGUCAUGUCAUGACAAACUUAGGAGAAAAACUAACAGAUGAAGAAGUAGAUGAAAUGAUCAGAGAAGCAGAUAUUGAUGGAGAUGGACAAGUCAACUACGAAGAAUUCGUACAGAUGAUGACUGCAAAAUGAAGACCUACUUUCAACUCCUUUUUUCCCCCUCUAGAAGAAUCAAAUUGAUCUUUUACUUACCUCUUGCAAAAAAAAAAAAAAAAAUUCAUUUACUCAUUCUGUUUCUAUAUAGCAAAACUGAAUGUCAAGAGUACCUUCUGUCCACACACACAAAAAAAUCUGCAUGUAUUGAUUGGUGGUCCUGUCCCCUAAAGAUCAAGCUACAUCAGUUUUCCGAUAUAAAUACUUGUCCUACCUUAAUGAUAAGGAAGCACUUAGUGGACACCUGGCAGGUCCGUCCGCUCAUGGUUAAUACACUGUUUGGGCUGGCCAGUUUUUCAUGCAUGCAGCUUGACAGUUGAGCACAGUCAGGCGUUUGUAUUAAAAACGAAAAACAAAAAAAAACAAAUUCAAAGCCUACUCAAAGGGGUUCUAGUUCAAUUUGUUACCAUAAAUUGUCAUAGCUGGUUUACUGAAGACAGACAUUUAAGAUCGGUUUACCUCAGGAUGCUGUGGAAGAUAAACUGUCCAGGCGUAGCCCCACUAGCAGGAUGGCCCUCUUGUAACUUCCCCGUGCCCCUACCUGUCGUGACCGUGACACACCCUGGUGGCAUGCCCACGUGUGUUGGUUUAGCAUUGUCUGCCUUGUGCUAGAGCGGAAUGGGUGUCAGGCUAUCACCAUUCAUACAAAUUUUUAAAAACAAACCUUUAUCAAGGGAGCAUCUUUGGACUCUCUGUUUUUAAAACCUUCUGAACCAUGACUUGGAGCCAGCAGAGUAGGCUGUGGCUGUGGACUUCAGCACAACCGUCAACAUUGCUGUUCAAGAAAUUACAAUUUACGUCCAUUCCAAGUUGUAAAUGCUAGUUUUUUUUUUUUUUUCCAAUAAAAAGACCAUUAACUUAAAGUGGUGUUAAAUGCUUUGUAAAGCUGAGAUCUAAACGGGGACAAGGCAGUUGGAGGGGAGGCAAGUGUACCUUUAAAUGCCCACAGCCCAGCAUUGGGUUUCCCUCCCUCCCUCCCUCCUGAAAUCCCAGCACCAACUGCUGAGCCUGAGACCUUGCCUAAAACCAAGCAGAUACCGAUUGCUUCAUCUUAUUUAUGGACAUGUAGGUCUACUUGUAUUUUCACUGGGGGGGGGGAGGGGGGAGAGUGAAUUAUGGUAACUUAAUGAUUAUUCAGGCAGUAGAGCUCUUAAUGAAGGAAAAAAACCACUUUCUCUCAAGCAUGUAUUUAGGGGUUCUUAUCAAUUGUGCUGCUGAUUACCUGUUUUAUGUAACUACUUGAGACCAUCUGUGCAAAAGACAUGAUUUAGUGUGUCUGUAAUUCAAUCUUCGCUGUGUGUGGUAGAAGCAGUCACUUUUCUAAGCCAGGCUCUUCAUGCCUAAAAGACACUACCAGUCACCUUUUGAUUCACAGUUUUUAAUUUAUGAUUAUACUUACCUUAGACUCCUUUUACUUUUUUUUUUUUUUUUUAGGUUGACUUGACUUUGCUUCCCCACCCCCCAAGUAGAACUACUGCUAGCUCCCAACUUGAAAGUAAAACUCCCAGCCCAGAGGGAAUUUUGUGUUUCUUUAUAAACCUGUAACCAAAACUCAGAGAUGCUGGUACUUUGCAGUGGGAUUGGUUUGCUUCAAAGCUCCCUAAAAGGCGUUUGGAUUUAGUGCAGAGCUCUUUUUGAAGUGAAGGCUGGAUGUGCAUUUUUCAGGGUGUUAACUUGGUUGUAUCUUAUUAGCGAGGAGAUCUGGGUUUUGAGUGUUUCUGUGAGAGGUUUUAAUUUGCCAGGGAACAGCGGCAGGCUGCUAGUGAGGCAGUGAGAAGCUCUUGGCAGCCAAAUGGGUGCCUUCGGGGCUGUUUUAUAGAGACCCUCAGCUUCUCCCUCUCCUACUCCUUGUCUCUCUGGCAUUUUGCAGCUCUUUAGCUUUCCCGCCAGAGGGGUGGGUCAGAGCCGUGGAGAGGAGCCUGGCCACCUGCCUUCGCCGCUGGUCCUUAGACUGGGUGGUUGGAAGAAGAGAGGUUGACGUCAUGCGCUGGGCUUGGCUUUCACAACUCCUUGAAUCUGGAUGGAACAUCUCAGAAUACCUUGGGGGUUUUCUUCUGGUGAGACAGGACUGGGGUUUCUCCUUCGAGUAAGUUAAUAACCUGGGUGUUUCUUGCAGGGAGGUCAAGUAGCCUGACUGUUGACCGACUCUCAGGCCUGUGGCCGGUGACCUCUUGGCAGUUUUAAAAAGGGUUGAGGGCGAUUUGGCUUGUUUUUCAGAAACUUUGCCUUCCAUCUUACCCUUUCACCAAGUUCUUUUCUAGAAGCUGGGUGGACUCCAUGUUAGUGGUCCCGCAGUCUUUCCUAAAAGACUACCCUUGAAACCAGAUUCUUGAAUGGCCAGGAUCCUGUACGGCAACCAGAAACCUUUCCCCCAGGGGAUGCUGAGUUCCACUUUGGUGCAGAGGGAACUCUUAGUCCACUGUAGCCUUUCUCUCUGGCCUUUGAGGGGGAUGACCAGCCCAGGGGUCGGGUGUUUGCAGUCUGCAGGGGUUUGUGAGAGGAAAUGGCUGGAUGAGGUGGCAGUACUGUGAAAGUUGGUCAGCACCUUCCUGUAAACUCUUGCCCCUACUUCUAACUGCUCUAUAAAUAUAUAUAUAUAGUGACUAGUUUAACUGGCAUCCCGCUGGAGCCUGAGACUUGCCAUAAAAAACUGCUGAGUCCUUGGCAUACACUUUCAUAGUUUUGUUCUCCAUCUGUUCGGGGUAGGUGUCGAGCAAGGCAAAUGUAUCUUGAUAUUUCAGAUGGGCUUUUGACGUACUGUUGCCAAGGAAGGUUUUUUUUCUGAUUUUUUGACAAACGAAUUUUUGCACACUUCAAAUUGGUGUCUUUCGGCAACCUAAAACACAUUGAAAAUUAGCUACUGUACAUAUUUUUAUAUUCUCUUUAUAAAUGCAUGUCUGACUGUACUUGUAACCAUAUUGUAACACGUGGCCGCCCAGUAGGCCUCGUGCUGCUGUGACCCCGUCGGAGUAGCAGCAUAUUAGCAGCCCCUCAGCAUACUGGGAACUUCUUCCUAAACAAAGAAUGUAAAUUUGGUCAAGUCUGCUCUUGGUUCAUUCAAUUAUUUUUAACAUUUGAAUUAAUUACUGUAUAUCCUAAAUACAUUUACCCUUUUGGCAGUGACUAGAUUCCACGAAUGUGUCUUAAUCUAUCCCUUCAGCUGGCGGUUACUAUUAUCUUUUUUGAUCCCUUGAAGUUACCCUGUAGGAGACAGAAAUUCUUUGCUGUCUGUAUUCCUCAGAGUGAGAAGGUAGUGGCAUGGGUGGAGUGUGUGUUCUUUCUCCAAAUCUAUUAUAAUGUUCAUUAAACAUGUCUGUAGCAAAGAUGGUGGUAGUUCUUUUGUUAACCGAAGUCACCCUUCACCGUGGCGAUUUGCAAAGGAGAUGUACUUGAACGUUUCUGUAAAUCGUGAGAUAAACUGUUUGGAGAUUUAACCACCUCUCUGAUGGGGGACCAACUCUAUGGAAAUUGUAAAUAAGUUCUAUUUAUAAACCUGGCACUGUAUUCAAUAAACAUUUCUGCAGCCUUUCAUCUCUAA